UGGGAAAGAAAGACAAAAGAAGGGGUGUGUUCAUUCACUUCACUGGUGUCAUUCAUUUAUCUCGUUUCUUCUUCACUCUUCCCUAUACUGUGUCUCGUUUGAUUUUGGAGUACAAUUAUCAACACAUCUAAAGUUGAUCUCUCUCUCCACCCUUUCCUCUGGACUUUCCUGGGUGGGGUCUGUAUUUUUAUGGACUUAAUUAGCAACGCAUCACUUUAUUUUGUUUUCGAAAGAUUGUCACAAAGGUUUAGAUUUUGUACUUUUUUUUAGGGUAUUUCUUUUAGAGAGAGAAAGAAAGUUUAUGGCUGGAGGUGGAGGAGCAGCAAAGCUGGAUGUGCCAGCGCCACACCCACCAAAGGAUCAGCUUCCCAAUGUUUCCUUCUGCAUUACCAGUCCUCCUCCAUGGCAUGAGGCUAUCCUCCUUGGUUUUCAACAUUAUUUAGUGAUGCUUGGCACAACCGUUAUCAUUCCCACUGCUCUUGUUCCUCAAAUGGGAGGAGGAAAUGAGGAGAAAGCAAAGGUGAUCCAGACACUGCUGUUUGUUGCUGGGUUGAACACAUUGCAGCAAACAAUUUUCGGGACUAGGCUACCUGCUGUGAUUGGAGGGUCAUAUACGUUUGUUGCACCUACAAUUUCAAUUAUUCUUUCUGGUCGAUUCAGUGAUGCAGACCCUAUAGAGAGAUUCAAGAAGAUAAUGCGGGCAACCCAAGGUGCACUUAUUAUUGCUUCAACUCUUCAGAUAGUCCUAGGUUUCAGUGGCCUUUGGCGUAAUGUUGUCAGGUUCUUGAGUCCACUUUCUGCGACUCCUUUGGUUGCUCUUGCUGGUUUUGGGCUCUAUGAGCUUGGUUUUCCUGGGGUUGCCAAAUGUGUUGAAAUUGGACUGCCGCAGCUUAUCAUUUUAAUUGUUUUAUCACAGUAUUUAACUCAUUUGAUAAGCGUAGGAAAGAAUAUCUUUGGCCGUUUUGCUGUUAUAAUUUCAGUCGCGAUUGUAUGGAUUUAUGCUCACCUACUCACUGUGGGUGGGGCCUACAAUGGUACAGCGCCAAAAACACAAACAAGCUGCCGUACUGAUCGUGCUGGACUUAUUGAUGCUGCUCCUUGGAUUAGAGUUCCAUAUCCCUUUCAGUGGGGAGCACCUUCAUUUGAUGCUGGUGAAGCCUUUGCCAUGAUGAUGGCUUCCUUUGUUGCUCUUGUAGAGUCCACCGGCGGCUUUAUUGCGGUUUCAAGAUAUGCAAGUGCAACUCCCUUGCCGCCUUCUAUUCUCAGCCGCGGUGUUGGUUGGCAGGGAAUUGGCAUUCUGAUAUCUGGAUUGUUUGGAACUGCAAAUGGAUCAUCAGUUUCUAUCGAGAAUGCUGGUCUUUUAGCAUUAACACGUGUUGGUAGUCGAAGAGUGGUGCAGAUAUCUGCUGGGUUCAUGAUUUUCUUUUCCAUUCUUGGGAAAUUUGGAGCAGUCUUCGCUUCAAUUCCAGCACCAAUUGUUGCUGCUUUGUAUUGCCUGCUGUUUGCUUAUGUGGGUACAGUAGGCUUAAGUUUCCUUCAGUUCUGUAACCUCAACAGCUUCCGAACAAAAUUUAUAUUAGGCUUCUCAAUCUUUAUGGGCUUGUCCAUACCUCAAUACUUCAAUGAGUACACGGCAAUUACUGGAUUUGGCCCUGUUCAUACCAGUGGGAGAUGGUUCAACGAUAUAGUUAAUGUCCCUUUCUCAUCGGAAGCAUUUGUUGCGGGCUUGUUGGCAUAUUUCCUGGAUAACACACUUCACCGGAAGGAUAGUACAGCAAGGAAAGACAGGGGUAAGCAUUGGUGGGACAAGUUCCGGUCCUUUAAGACAGAUACAAGAAGUGAGGAAUUUUAUUCUCUGCCCUUCAAUCUCAACAAAUAUUUUCCAUCUGUGUGAUUCUCUGUGACAGAGUUAUAAGGUGCUCUCAUGGAAUUUUGCUUCCUUCCUUGAUCAUUUGUAGCUAUCUGUGGGCAAUGCUAUUAUAUCGUCGUUAUUUCGCUUGCUUAUCAUUUUAUUACAUGCUAUAUUGGUGUAAAUUUGUUUCUUCAUUUAUAGGAUGCCUUUGAACAAAUUUUCUUAUUUAUUUCUCUUGUUGUAAAUCCAAUUGGUGAUAUGGAGUUGGAGUAGCAAUGAACAAGUUUGCUGCUUUGCCUAUA